AUGGAGCACGAGAACUUAACAACAGUCAGAGAGUUUGUUCUGCUGGGACUGUCCCACAGCCACGGAGUACAGUCCGUUCUCUUCUCCUUCUUCCUGCUGUUCUAUAUGGCAGUUCUCCCAAGCAAUGUCCUCAUCAUUCUCACAGUUUGGGGUGAUUCCCAACUGGGAUCACCCAUGCACUUUUUCCUGGCCAAUCUGGCAUUCCUGGAUAUCUGCUACUGCUCUGUCACCCUACCCAAAAUGCUGGCUGACUUAUUCUCAAACCCAAAGACCAUCUCCUACAACAGCUGCAUGGCUCAGCUCUUGUUUCUUCACUUCCUUGGAGCAGCGGAAAUCUUCCUGCUCUUGACCAUGGCCUACGAUCGUUACGUUGCCAUUUGCAAACCCCUUCGCUACACCAUGCUCAUGAACAAGACUGUUCGCUGCACCCUGCUUGGAGCUUCGUGGGGCGGUGGCCUCAUUCACGGCAUCAUUCUAUUUGCUCUUACCAUCACUCUCCCAUUCUGCGGCCCCAACAUCCUGGACAACUUCUUCUGUGAUGUUCGACAGCUGGCAAAGUUGGCCUGUGCCAACACUGACACAGUGGAACUGCUGAUGUUCCUCAACAACGGCUCUGUCCUCGUGGUGUGCUUUGUGCUCCUCCUCAUCUCCUACGCAGCCCUAGUGUUGAAGCUCCGGGCAUUCUCCUCUGAGGCCAAGAACAAAAUCACCUCCACCUGCAUUUCCCACAUGGUUGUGGUUUUGGUCACCUUUGGCCCAGCAAUUUAUAUCUACGUCCUCCCUUUCCGGGCUGUCCCAAUGGAAAAAGUCAUUGCACUUUUCCAUACGGUCAUUUUCCCUUUAAUGAACCCCAUGAUCUACACGCUGUGCAACAAGGAGAUCAGAAGCUCCAUAGGCAGGUUUGUCCACAAAUACUCACUGUGGUGUGGACUUUUUAUGAAGCAUUUUGGAGUAAACAAAUGAAGGUCACAGUCAUUAUCCUUCAGGAAGUCUUCUAUAAAAUAAAGCCCUGUGGUGAUACUAAAACCCAUACAGAGUGAUUCAGGGAAGAACCAACCCACACAAAGGAGAUGACAGUGUGCCAUGAAAUUAUCAUUAAGGAUCUAAUAAACUUAUUAGGUAUUAUCUGGAGGAUGUUGAGGGUUUAUAGAGCCCUUCAUGGAGUGCUGGCCUCGAUUCAUUGAUUCAAGAGUUCAGUUUCCAGUUGGACACCCACUGUUGGUUCUGCCUUCUUC